AUGCGCUGGCCAGCGAGAUUAGCAUCGUUCUUCGGAGCCCUCGAGCCUGUGCUUUCACAGAUUUCUGGUUUGUCAACUGUUAGUAAAGACACGCCUCCUCACAUGCUGUUCCAUCAGAAUGAGCAAAAUGCCACCGUGAGAGUCCAAGUCUUAUGCCCCGGAUCAGCGGAUGGAUACGAUUCAAGACUGUCUCUAGAAUUAAACGUUGGUGUAGCAAAAGUAGCUUGUGGCGAACAAGGCAUCGUUCUGAAUGGCGACGAUCUGAUCCACAACUGGAACGGCAGCUUGGGAUCUGGAUCUGGACUAAUAACUCCACUCUACGGAACUGCAGCAUUAACCGUCAACUGGCAGAGCCGAUGCGUUCAACCACCUGCAGGGUCAUCCGAGGAGGAUGCAAUCCAGCACCUAACAGUUCGGGUUGAGCGCAUAGGAGAUGUCUUUAUCGAGGGUGAAGUUGGCCUUACCGCUUCUUUCAAGCAGGUACAGAGACCGGAAAUUCUCCGAGUCUAUACUUCACCAUGGGAAUUGUCCGACAGCGUCUCAUUUGUCGAAACUUGGGACAGUACGGAGAUGGCGGACCAAUCUCGUGAAGAACAAUCAGAUGAGUCUAUUGAACGACACUGGGGCCAUUUGCUACAGUUAAAGACAAGAUACCAACAAUUGGCGCUUCAGAUUCAAGAGGAAGAGCGCCAGAUCCGAGAAAUGCUUCAGCGGGAUUGUCCAGGCACUCUGUCGAGUUGGAAGAAUUGCAGAAGUUUCGGAUGCAGGUUCAGGAUAUCAUUGACCAAAUUUCCCGACCUGAUCCGCCAGAUCAGAUAUCGAUUCGGGCCUUUUCCACCGGCACUCCCUGUUAGCCAUUGCUCGCAAUGCCCACAGCAAGAUGGAUGCGAAGAGGCUUCUAAGUCAGAGUCAGGUCCAACACCAACCAAGCAGUCAAACAGGCCACCUCAGAAAGCACCUCACGCUACAUCAACAUCGACCAUUCCUAGUUCUGCCGCCUCGAAAGCAAUUCCAAGUGAGACCGAGUACUUUUAUAACGCUCAGACCAUCUUCACCAUCUGUGUGAUACUCGUUCUAGCAAGUGCCCUGCUCGUCUUCGGAUUCAAGCUUUGUCGCAGCACCACAUAUUGCCGACGACGUCGAGUAGACAGGGCGGCGCGCCGCGAGGAGAGACAAGCUCGCUGGGCCUACGGAUUCGCAGCCCACAGACUCCGAUGGAGACAAUGGUGGGAGGGAGGUUCUCCUUCCCACACACCUUUACCCGCCCAAGCACAACUAGAACUCACAUCCCCACCUAACAAUAACAUGUCAGCCAUCGAACAACCGCCAGAACAACCCCAUUUCUCUGACACGGAGUCCUAUCUCCCGUCCGAGCCGGGUGUCAUGCAAGCCGAAAUCCGCGGCUUCCGACAAGCGCUCGAGUAUGUUGGGGAGCUUGUGCGAAGUCCAGACCGCCGCGAGCCGCGCUCUUCUUCGCGAAUCGACCCCUCUAACUCGGACCACGAGAUUGCAGAACUCCUCGGACGGAGGCAGGGCAGGCCUACUACUACUGCACACACGGCCGCGUCGUCGACAGCUGGUCUCUCGACGGUACUUUCAACGGGCACGAGCAGUUUGUUGACUCUAGAUACUCCUUCGUCUGUGACGGUUGAUACGCUGGAGGCUUCGGAGACUACCGGUCCUCCUCCUAGCUACUAUGCUUGA